AUGGGUCGUCGCCCAGCUCGCUGUUACAGGUACUGUAAGAACAAGCCGUACCCUAAGUCUCGCUUCUGCCGCGGGGUCCCCGAUGCGAAGAUCCGCAUCUUCGACCUGGGUCGGAAGAAGGCGAAGGUGGACGAGUUCCCGCUGUGCGGCCACAUGGUGUCGGACGAGUACGAGCAGCUGUCGUCGGAGGCCCUGGAAGCCGCUCGCAUCUGCGCCAACAAGUACAUGGUGAAGAGCUGCGGCAAGGACGGCUUCCACAUCCGCGUGCGCCUGCACCCCUUCCACGUCAUCCGCAUCAACAAGAUGCUGUCGUGCGCCGGUGCAGACCGUCUCCAGACCGGCAUGCGUGGCGCCUUCGGGAAGCCGCAGGGCACCGUGGCCCGGGUCCACAUCGGCCAGGUCAUCAUGUCCAUCCGCACCAAGCUGCAGAACAAGGAGCACGUGGUCGAAGCCCUGCGCAGGGCCAAGUUCAAGUUCCCUGGCCGCCAGAAGAUCCACAUCUCCAAGAAGUGGGGCUUCACCAAGUUCAACGCCGAGGAGUUCGAAGGCAAGGUGGCGGCGAAGCGCCUCAUCCCCGAUGGCUGCGGAGUCAAAUACAUCCCGGAACGUGGUCCUCUGGACAAGUGGCGGGCCCUGCAUUCCUGA